AUGGGAGGAGCUUGGGGCUUCUGCUGUGGUCUGACAGGCAGCUGGAAGAUGCCUGGUGCUGAUUUUGCACGCACGGGUCUCCGCGAGUCUGCUUCCGCUCGUGAAGACAGCUUUGCGGCGCCGGCUUCGUGGUGGAAACGCAAGACAUUCACACUGCUGGCUAAUUUGUUUUCCUUCUAUUUGGCAAUUUUCGUCCGUGUGCACUUCUGCUCACGGCCAGUGCUGGUAUUUGGGCUCGAGUGCUGCAAGGGCCGAGGACACGUCUGCAGUUGGCUGAGUCAACGUUGGACAGGCUUUUCUUUGCAUGUACUCUUCUCUAACAUACCGGCAGCUCCUCCUGUUCAAAUGCGCCGCUGUGACUGUUUCGGGAACUUCCCCAUCGGAGAGGCCUCUGCGAGAGGGAUGUCUCAUGAAUGCACCCCAUAUUCAUGCAACGACAGUUCGGCGCACGUUGAUGCCUGCCGUUUGCAGCAAGGGUAG